AUGAUGAAAGAGCCUGAGAAAAUCAUGAAAAAGAAUAUCUUAAAUGGACAAAUUAAAUACUAAGUUAAAUGGAAGGGCUUUGAAGAAACCACAUGGGAAUCUGAUGAAACUAUGAAGAAAUACAAAGAACUCAUUGAAGAUUACAAUUAUUUCUCCUUGACUGGUGAAAGAUAUGAUGAAAAAAAACUAGAAGAAAUCAGAUAAUUGACUGUUCAAUCACAACCAAGAACAGCUAUCAAAAGAGUAGCAAUGCCCAAAUCAAUGAUUCCAAGUGAAUUAAACAAAAAAGAAAAAAAAAUAGAUAAAAUUGAUAGCAAGCAUGUUGAAAUUAUAGACAAUCCUAAAAAUGAUUUACAACUAGAUAAAGUAGAUAUCAUCUAGUCAUCAAAUACUACAAUCAAUCUCGCUGAAGUAUCUAAGUAAUUUUAAUAUGUAAAUUUAAGAAAAGCCCCAUAAAUAUUAGCAAAUUCCAAUGACAAAUUAUAAACCAUUAAAUUGUAGACUGAUGAAAAUAAAGGGUUGUUUUCGCUAAUUUGGAAAGAGAGAUCGGAUGGCAUUAGACCAUAUUGUGAUGAAUACACUUAUGAAGAUUUCAAAAUUUAAGCUCCAUUGUUUUUUAUUUAGUUUUUUGAAACCUGUAUUUUUGAAUGUUAAAGUUAAAAUGAUAUUAAGUAAUAAUUCAAAUUAAUUUAGAUUUGAAAUUCAAGGAUAAGAUAUCGCUGAAAGAAUUUAAGUGAUUAAAGAUAUUUUAGAAAAAAGGGAUUAGGAUAAAAAAUAAAGCGAAUUCCAAUAAUGA